GCACUCCAACCGCUCUGCUCCGAAACUCACUUGCAAAACAUUGACACGACUCUUCUAACGCCCCCCUGACGAAAAGAUACCCUCAUCCUCCCGCUUUGACACCUUGUCGUGCGCCCUAAUAACGCCAGUCCCUGAGUUGAUUGAACACACAGUGACUUUCAGCUAUCCUCUCGAAUCUGCGCGACUCCCCGCACUUUGCUCUAAGCUCCACAUCGUGCACCAGAUUCUCUUCGCACUCGUACCGCACCCGGUACACUCUAUGGCUCAAAGAGACCGAUCUCAAUCUCCACCCUCAAAGGCAAACUUGAAAGCCUGGUGGAAGUCCUUCACUACUUCUCAGCGCUUCAAGCAGCAUGCUGGGCAGCCUGAAAGAGAUGCUCCGAUUGCUUCUGGAAAAGUCUUUGGGGUUCCACUCCGUGAAAGUCUUCGAUACGCCAACGUCCAGAUCUCCACUGCGUCAGGUGGGACAAAUGGUGAGGUAUAUGUCUAUGGAUAUGUUCCCGUCGUCGUUGCCAAAUGCGGCCUGUAUCUGAAGGAGGGUGCAACCGAAGUUGAAGGUGUUUUCCGUGUUAAUGGUUCAGCGAAGCGAAUGCGGGAGCUUCAAGCGGCGUUCGAGACACCACCUCGAUACGGGAAGGACCUUGAUUGGAGGAAAGAAAGCUACAGGCCUCAUGACAUAGCAAGCGUGUUGCGACGGUAUCUGACACAGAUGCCUGAGCCCGUAAUACCCCAUAAGCUGUACCAUAAGUUCCGAGAUGCCUAUUCUGAGAAGCCUCUCGACGUGGAGAAAGUAAUUUCAGAAUUCAAGGCUCUUAUCCAUUCGAUGCCACGGGGUAACCAAUAUUUGCUGCUAUAUGUUUUGGACCUAUUAUCCGUUUUUUCGCGGAAAUCGGACAAGAAUCUGAUGACGGCCCAAAACCUAGCAGUAAUUUUCCGCCCUGGGAUAAUAUCACAUCCGGACCAAGAGUUAUCUCCGGAGCAACACAAGCUUAGCCAAGCAGUCCUAGAGUUCCUCAUCGAAUAUCAAGAUCAUUUCAUACUUGAAAUACCCCCGCCACCGCGGAACGAUUCGGUUCUGGUAACACCUCCGCCUCCCGUCAAUCCAGAUUUGUGUGUAAUCCCAAGCGAGAGUGAAGAUGAAACAACGACGAACAGAUGGAAGCUCGUUGAGAGAACGAGGCAAGGAAGGGUUGGUAUCCGUUCAAAUUCUACAAGAAUGUCUUCACUUUCUUCAAUUUUCAUCGACGGCUCCAAACCCUGCCGGGGCCCGCCAAGAAAUCAUGAUUUAUUGAUGAUUUGGCUUCUCCCCAAACCAAUCUCCGUCGGGGGAUGAGAAGAUGAUUGUGAUUCAUGAUCAUUUCUGUUUUUCCAAUAAUCUGUUUCUUCGUAUCAAUCAAUGUGCUUAUCCUUUCUCUCUCUCCCCCUCCUCCCUUUCCUCUUUAUCAUGCAAACAGCCACCACCCCUCAAUCUCACAGAUGACAGGUCACCCACGACUCCGAACGCCACAGCGACACCGUCACCUGGCGCUGCAAGCGUUAAGAGGAGCAUGACUAUGCCUUCGAGACCCGGCUCCAUCCGUCAAAGUCGGGAUACAGGCAAGU